UUUUUCUUUCCAUGGAGGGUCCCUCCCUCCCUCGCUCCCUCCUUCCCUUCCGCAGCAGCCCGUCCGUGAUCCACACGCCGCACCGCGCUGACUCGUCCGGUCGUGUGAGUGUUUAACGCCGGACGGGCAGACAGCUGAUGAUCCGCCUCCGGGGGGCUUAUUUAUAAAGCGCCGUGAAAGCGGAAGCCGGGCCUGCUUGGUGCUAUCGGGCAGCUAGCUGCGUUAGCACGGCGCUAAGUUAGCACACCGUCAGCUAGCUUCACUCUGAGCGUAUUAACGACACAAAAUGGAACAAUAGCCGAACGAGGCGGGUGUCGUGGUGCUUGAAUACAUUUAACAAGAACACGCCGGAAACUCCUCCCUUUUACCUUCCGACCCGCUUUGUCACCUCCGCGGCUGGCGUUCGGCCGCUGUAACCAUGACGACGGGGGGCUGUUGCCACCUGCCGGGCUCCCUGUGUGACUGCGCCGGCAGCCCCGCCGCGUGGAAGGGCGCGGAGGAGGCGGGCGCCGACGGGUGCCAGGCGCUCUACGUGGCCCAGGUCACCGCCAUAGACGGGCAGCUGCUCUCCUCCGUCCUCAAACCCAUCAGCCCGCAAAGCGAUGGGCCCAUCUGCCGCAUCUGCCACGAGGGAGGCGGCGCCGAGAGCCUCCUGUCUCCCUGCGGCUGCACCGGCACGCUGGGCACGGUGCACAAGAGCUGCCUGGAGAGGUGGCUUUCGUCUUCCAACACCAGCUACUGCGAGCUGUGCCACUCGGACUUCAGCAUCGAGCGCCGGCCCCGCCCCCUCACAGAGGUAACACAGUGGCUGCAGGACCCGGGCCCCCGCAACGAGAAGAAGACGCUGUUCUGCGACAUGGUGUGCUUCCUGUUCAUCACGCCCCUGGCAGCCAUUUCCGGCUGGCUGUGCCUGCGCGGCGCCCAGGACCAUCUCCAGCUGGGCAGCUGGCUGCAGGCGGUGGGCCUCAUCGCCCUCACCAUCGCCCUCUUCACCAUCUACGUCCUGUGGACUCUGGUGUCCUUCCGCUACCACUGUCAGCUCUACUCCGAGUGGAGGCGAACCAAUCAGAAAGUGCGACUGCUCCUUCCCGAGGCCAAGGGGUCGAACUCUUCCCAGCAUUCAUUGCUCUCCGCCAAACUAAUGAAGAAGUCCAACGACAGUAUAGUAUGAGGCUGACGAGGAGGAUUCUGUGCAGGAAGAAACAAAGAAGAAGAAGAAAAAGCACUUUUUUCAACAAAGAGAAGACUUUGCCCCACCAGUACUUACUUUAGAACAUAUCCGCCCCCCCCCCCCCCCCCCCCCCCCAGUGGGCGCAGAAAUGAGCACAUUCAGGUGACGUCUGUGUGUCGACCACCUCAAGGCCCCGAGGAACAAAGCAGCACACGGAGGAGGGCCUGAGACCUUUUUACCGUCGUCAUGGAUACGAUGGCGACGUCGAAUCGGGGCCAAACGAACUGAACAUGAAGAGUGCAAUAAACGCCUGGUGGACCUGGAGGUCUCCUCACGGCACACGGCGAGGCCUCUCCCAUCAUGCACAGCAAGCGCCGUCGGGCCGUUUCUAUUUCGUGGCGUUUCCUUGUCAUCCAGAGGAGUGGAAGAGGUCCGCUUGGUGAGCCUCCGCUGACCCGCCGGUCAAAGUGCUCCAUCACAGCUCGGCUGUUUGGUGGCUUUUCAAACGACACGCGCCUGGAAUCAGGGAAACGGAAGCAUCCUGCGAGCGUCAAUCCUUCCACCUUCACUUCGAGAGAUUUAUCGUCUCUCAUCGAGAUGGAAAAGGCUUUUUUCUUUGUUUUUUUUCCCCCCCCUCUGCCGCUCCGACGUGAACUUUGACCCCGCCAACAUGAGCGUGUUGGUGGGGACAUUAUGCAAGCUUUGUUUUGGGCUUUUGAUGGACGGCCACCUUCUCUUUUUGUGGAGCAAACGUUGUUUUGUUCUGACGUUACUGAGCAGAAUCUGGUCACGUUGACUUUUGGGUUCAGUAUUAUUGAGUGAACACCUAAAACCGCACAGUCCAUUUAAACGUUUUUUCCUAUUCAGCGAAAUUACAUUUUUUUAUUAACGACGGAUGAACAUACAGGUGAUUUGUUCUUCUUCUCUUGAUGUCAAAUCACAAACAUGUGCAGUACAUCUGGAUUUUAUGCAUAAUGGCGUUAAUGAUGCACACGUAUUUGCUUUUUAACAAUCAGGCUCUUACUUUGACGGGCGUCUUUCUACCUGUUUGACUAGGGGGCUUUACCAGUGACCAGUAACCAGUGGGUGUGUAAGUCCCGCCCCUCCCUUUGGCCUUGCGUCAACACACACACACACACAGUGUCCCACAUUCAGUUAAUCGUUUGUUUGUGUUUUUACUUGAUCUCAGAACAACAGAUUAUGCACGCGGGGGGGUGUUUACGAGCUUAUGAGUCAUCCGUGUUUACUGUCUGUCGGCGACGAGGCUUUAGUCCAAUGAUGAAGACACAUGGGGGGGUGGGGGGGGGGGGUCUGGUGAGAGGUGAAGAGGGGCGGAGCCGUCGCUCAACAACAAAGCGCAGAUGUCCGACCGCAGCGAUGCGUCAUAGCGUGGGACAUUUGUACAAAGUAUGCAGUGCUGCUGCCCCCCCCCCCCCAAAGUCUCCAAAGAGUUUUAACCAUGAUGAAAUACUUACUUUGUAUCCAUAGUUACAUUAUAAAUCCAGAAAUGGGUUCUAAAUCAUUGCUUUCUCUGUAAAUGUUACUUUGUUGUGUUACAUUUCUGUGAUCUUGUACUUUAUGUUGCAGUUCUUAACUAUUUGCAUUUUGAAAUGUUUAUGGUGUGCUGUGGAGAAAAAAAAGAAACUGACUGAAACACUGGGACCUGCUUGCAAAGCAAAUAAAACGUGAUUAAUCACGUGGGAA